ACGCCUUUUUUUUUCCUCUCCUUGACUAAAUUCGGACAUUUUGUUGUUGGGAUUUUUUUCAGUGUCUCUGGCACAAAGAUGUCUCUCUCUGACGCUGAUGUUGCUGCUGCUGUCUCACAGCCCGAUCCUUGCACUAAGGAUUUCGUAUUUCAGCAGACCAUGCUAAGAAUCAAGGACCCAAAGGCCUCGCUGGAUUUCUACACGCGUGUCAUGGGAAUGAGGCUUCUGACAAAGUAUGACUUUCCCUCCAUGACUUUCACCUUGUAUUUCCUGGGUUAUGAGAAAGAGGCAGACAUCCCAAGUGACCCAGUGGAGAGGACCAAAUGGGUGUUCAUGCGGAGGGCGUGCCUUGAGCUGACUCACAACUGGGGGACAGAAAAUGAUCCCAAUUUUUCCCACCACAAUGGCAAUUCUGAGCCGAAAGGAUUCGGUCAUAUCGGUGUGGCUGUUCCUGAUGUGUACAAGGCAUGUGAGAGGUUUGACAAUCUGGGGAUUCCAUUUGUGAAAAAGCCCGAUGGAGGUAAAAUGAAGGGGAUAGCAUUCAUUCAAGACCCUGAUGGCUACUGGAUAGAGAUACUCAAUGGGGAGGGAAUAGCAGACAUUUGCCACAAGUGAAAAGGGUCAAGGGUACUACAAAGCAGGCCAUCAGGAAAUGAAUGAACUUAUAAUGAGUCUAGAAAUAAAAUAUAUAUAGCACAUCUAUAUAAGUAGACAGACCAAAAUUUCAGCAGAGGUAGAGCUGCAUGGGAGAUGUUGUAAGAGCCAAAAUAUUAAAUCAAACCAGAAGAUGAAUGAUGAUCAGGCGAAACCCUUAUGUCAAUUACAAUGUCAGUUUUGUUUGACCACUAAUAUGAAAAAAAAAAAAACAGUUGUAAAAAGAGUGUAAGCAUAAAAGUAUCAGUGAAGUUAGGUACAAUUUCAUUUGUAUGCCAUAAUUUAUCUUUUCAUUUUCAUUACAGCUCAAAAGACAAUAGUGUGGAUGUAGUUUUAAAUAGUAUAUUUUUAAAGCCCUCUGACUAAUAAUAAUGUCUGAUAGUAGGUACCGAUAGCACAAUUAAAGUACAAUAAAACAACCACACUAUCUAUCAA